UCCAAUACACACAUGCAGCCUGUCAAUCAGUAUGUUGUGUUAGUUCGUGGUUUUAACUGUGAAAUUAUGAGAAAAAUAGAUGGAUUCAAAGUGGAUUUUUGUGAGUAAUUGGGUUGAGUACAAUGGGGGAAACUAAUAUUGUUGAGGACUGGCUUAAAUCUAUCAAUUUAGAUAAAUAUGCUCAACAAUUUCUUGAUAAUGGGUACGAUGAUUUAGAAAUUUGUAAACAAAUUGGUGCUGACGACCUAGAGGCCAUCAAUGUUGAUGAUGCUGACCAAGGUGCCAUUCUUACUGCUGUAAAAGAAUUGAAAGAAAAGGGUGGGACGUCUGUGUAUCUUACACUGGAACAAGAUCAGACUCCACAGCGUGAAUCCAGGGCAAGGAAUGGCCAAGUUCCCGUGCGCCCAACGCUGGACAAUCUACUGGCUGACGUGCCACCCCCAUCUCCAGCAAAUGGUCUGUCUCAGGAUGACCCCAGAAGCAUUGAAGGUGAAAGGUCAAAAGAGGGUAAAGAGUAUGAAGGUGGCUUGGUACAAGAAAACCUUGUAAUCUACCCCAAAUCCCAGCUGACGUUGAUACUGCGAGACAAGGUGUUCGAUGACAGGAUUGACCUUGCAGGGCCUCCAUAUACUGCACAGAACCUUGCCCCUUGCUGGAGCAGCCUGACAGCACUGGCCAUUAAGUAUGCAAGGGAUCUUUGUACGCACGUGGAAGCUGUGCUGGACCGCCUCGAGGACGUCCGCUGGUGGCUCGUCUCCCAGGAUACAGCCUCUGUGUAUUCGCCUGCGUCGAUGACGUCGUCAGGGGUUGAGGAUCCCUACUACAUGUCUUCGCUGUAUGCGGGAUCCCCACGUGGUGGACCGCCUCCCAUUCCUUCUGUCCCACCACCCGAGGUCAGUCACAUGGAUGGGUAUGGUCAGCUGCACAGCAUACAGACCAGGUACUCCGACGCCCAAGGUCAUGCCAACUAUGUCACCUUGGAUACUGGCAUGUGUUGUGUAUUCCCAAAGAAAAAGGUUAAAGGGGAGACAGACGCUGGCGCAGAGAAAAAGAAGACAUCAACGCUGGGCCGACUUUUCCGUAACAUGGGCUUCAGAAGGUCCAGUAGAAAACACUCGUACAAAAAACAUGAUGGUGAUUUGUUAGCGCACGAGAUCACUAUGGGCGACAAUGACCGUAUAGCGCUGAUGCAGAUGGUGAAGGAGGGGAGAAUCUCUACAGACACUGCCCUACAAGUGCACCCUGACCCACUUCCCAAGGUGAGGAAGUUUGAGGAGGAGAGAAGAAGGGACAUAGACCAACAGCAGGAGUUGGCUGCUGUAAAGGACAAAAAAGGAAAGAAGAAGAGCCACUCCCUCAAACCUACCAAGUCUCCAUCCAUCAACUACUCAGAUGGUAUUUGUGAGGGUUGUGGGCUUGGCCCUGCAGAGGGAUACCCAGGUGUCGGGUUCUCGGGCCAGUGUCGGGCAUGCCAGGAGGGUGGGUGCCGUCACCGGCGAGUCCACAGUGUGAGCCACAUCGCCUACCCUGCCCAGCUCCACUCCCCCGGAGCGGGGCGUGCCCUCUCCUGCUCACCGAUGCGCUCACACUCACAGCCCGGCCAGAACUCCACCCUGAACUCGCCUGUUGGAUAUGCAGCGGGAAAAAUGGGCACAAACAUUUAUACACCGGUCAUACCUCAUGAACUAAAGAUGUACACUGGCUCCCGGGGAAUGUAUGGUGUGCACGGGAUCGAUAUGAUAAAAGAUCGACUAAGUGUAAUAAAAACCUCCUCAUGUGUUCAUAAGACUCAGUCAAAGGCAUCAUUAAUUUCGUCAGAAUCGGACCAUUCUAUGGAGUGUUCAGCCCACCUUGCGAGCCAGCUCGAGGCUCAAGCAGAAGAGACAUACUUCCCCAGUAACGUGUCAAAUGUGUCCAUGGGGUCAGAAAUACUGCCCAAUGGCAGAAGACAGGCUGGCUCCUCUACCAUGGAGAAAAUGAGAAAUCAUAAGUGGGCGCGAACAGGAAGUGCUGGGCUUGGAGAGGACGGAAUGUCCAUGGAUACCGAUGACCUUGAUGACCCUGACAGGCAGUUGCUUGGCGGUGGUUCCUCUUCAUCGAACAUGAUGGAGAAGUUCAGAGGUGUCAAAAAUGAGAUGAGGAAGAGAAUAUUACAUACACGGGAUAUCAUUGGAGAUGGCAAGUCCCAGCACCUGUGUUCCGCAUACCAGUCUGUGCCGGGUGCCAGUUCGGGAGAGAGUUGUUCCAGCGGGGUGGGGAGCCAGACCAGCCAGGGCCCCUGGGUGGACCUGGAGGCGCCUGCACCAGGACUGGGGCCAGUACUGGGGCUUGCAAGGGUCCACUCCAACUAUACCCCCACCCAGGAGGAGAAGGACUUCCUGCAUAUGAAGAGGGGUGAGAGAGUACAUGUUAUGGAAGCGUCCAGUUCUGGCAUAUGGAAAGGUCGCAUUGACAAUCGUGUUGGCUACUUCCACUUUAACUUUGUUGACAUGGUGACGGAGAACACGCCCCUUAGCAACCGGAAGGACAAGUCAAGGAGACGGAUCAAUCGAAGGUCAAAGCCUCGUUCUGUAGAGGAACUGCUUCAGAGGAUCGGCCUAGAGCACCUUGCCCCAAUAUUCCUGAUGAAUGGGUUUGACAACCUUGAGAUAUUCGCAGAGAUCGACCAUGAUGACCUUAAUGCCCUGAACAUUCUCGAUUCGGAAUCCAGGACGAAGCUUAUCACAGCUGCAGAUUUACUCUCCGACUAUGAUGACCAGCCCCAGGACCAAUCUGGCAGAGUGAGUCGGUCGGCGACGGCAACCCCGACCAGUCAGCAGUAUGCAGUUCCCUGGACCAGCUUCCUUCCUGCCACCAAACCCUCUGGUGGCAGUCGUGACUCCGGCUGUUAUGACAGCAGUGAAUGUAUGAGCAGGGACAAUGAUCCCUAUGCUGGGAUUCAUGCCAGGAACCGUGUCAGUGGGGUGGAUAACAAGGAAAACUUACGACCUGUACGCCGGGUCGUCCUGCCUGUGCAAUAUGGGGGAAUGAAUCAAGAAUCAUUCCCAAGUGGUGCUAAAUUUGUGAGCGGAGUUAAAGAGGAGAAAAUUUAUUCUGAGGAGGACAGGGAAGUGUGUGAUUUGACUGGUUACCGUGGAAACAAGUUGGUACGGUCAUCUCCACAGUCAGCUAGUCUAGUCAAUGGCCAUGAAAGUGCUAGCAGUAACAGUAGUAGCAGUGAUGUGCACAGCCACUAUAGGUGUCUAAAUAUUCCCAUACUGGGGCCGGACUGGAAGGUGUUCUCUGAUUGCUGUUCACAAACCUCACCAUAUGGACCGUUGGAUGAAACUUGUGAUCAAACCAGUCAUCCAUACGUUGUGGACUCCCUUCCUGUAGCUAACAGUGUUCAAAACAGCCUGCUCACUCAACAGAGCUUGAGGAAAAAGUUUAAGCCCUAUGCAAAGAAGAUUUCACCUAGUGCUCCCAUGAAAGACGCUCAAGUCCAAGUUAUGUGCCCUUUAGGUGUUCAGCUUCAAUCCCCAGCUAGCCCACCAAAUGUUUCUAGUGUUAUGAACCAGUCUAUAACUAGUGUUGCAGACUAUAAAUCACAGACUGGUACACAAGCUAUAUUAACCCAAAGUAAAAUACAACACCAAAGUACAGAAAACGUGCCAAAGGAUAAAUCGGACAAUUCAGUUCAGUCACGGGUAUCUUACAUUUCCCAGAGUUCAAGGGAAGGAGACUCCGGGAGCGACGCUAGUACAGUGAAGUCAGAGAAACUGGGGAGUGAGUUAGAUCUGGGCCGAUGUACUCCAGACUCCAUGCUUGGGUCGGCCAACAAGAACUUCAAGUCCAUCAAACGCUCUGUGAUACCUAAGGUGACCUCAAAACUUGCUGCAGAAAACAUUGACCUGUCAGCAGAACCAUAUUCCUCUCCAGUGGGAGCGUGUGGGAUCCCGCCGUUGCUGGUUCAGAGAUAUGCGGAGGAGCUGAAGCAUGACUUGUUUAAGACGGCCCUCAUCCUGGACCAGGUCCGCAUACACAAACUAACCAGCCUCGGACGACCGUCGAUUCCAUCUGAGCAAUUGACAGAAAACAGCCUGGCCUCUUCGGAGUUAAAAAUCUCGUCCAUCCCUGACUUCUUUAUAUCCAUUGGCCUGCCGAUGUAUGCGGGGCCGAUAUUGAGCAUGGGCCACCAAACGGUAGACACCCUGGCAGGGCUCACAAUCAAGGAAAUCCAGGCCAUUACCAAGGCAGACCGCAAACACUUGAAGAGAAUUAUUCAUGCUCUAGAGUGGGUCCAGACUAGAUUGAAAUCUCCCGGUCGUAAACAGAAACCUUCUCCUGUGAAAGAUAAAGUGUAGUUUGUAAAUCAGAUUCUUAACCUCACUACUGUGUAGUUUGAUAUCAAUAAUGAUAUUAAAAUGUGCAAAUGCAUUACAUUUAUCUUUUUAUCAGUAGAAAAUUGUGAGCAUGACCAUGAACUUGUUUCUGUUGUAAUGUUUACCAUGUAUACAUGGAUUGACUGGAUGGGAGUUCUGUUAAGGUUACAUAUAUAUAUAUAUAUGUGACUAUUCCCAUUGAAGUUACACCUAGUUGUUCGAUUCAUCAUCAUUAUGGAAGAAAAUGUCAUGGUACUUGAUAAAAAUAUUUGGUGCAUAAUUUCAAUCAUAAUAAUCCUGAUAUAAAUGGCCAUGUUUAGUUAUUUUUUUUAGCUUUUUCAUAAAUUAUUUUGAUGAAUUUUCAGAUUUUAUUCUUUGUUGUGAGAUUAGAAGUUGUGAUGUUAUCUUUUAUAUAAAAGUAUACCUUAUUUAGACUUCCGUUUUUAGAGGUUGUGCAAUGCUUCUGUCUGCCAUUAUACUUUAUCACAUGUAUUUUUUACUUUUUAAACACUCAAGCCAAAUGAGAAUAUAGUAGUCAGAAUAUUGGUAAUAUUUUAUGUCAUAAUAUUUUUUUCUGUCAAAUUUCUAGAAUGGUGUGUGCAAUUGUUGUAAAAUCUCUCUGAAGUGGCUUUAUCAUUUGUUUUAUUGAUAAAAACAGUACAUGAUUAAUGGUACUUUUGAAUGUUUAACUUGCUGUAGAACCAAGGUUGUUCUCUUUUUGUUUCUUAUUUCUUGAAAAAAAUCUAUUUUUUUUACAAAUGUUUUAUAUGGCAUUGUAGACACAUAAAGAUUCCUUGUUCGGUGUCGUCCCUUCUGUUAGCAGGGUUGGCGUGGUAGGGAUUACUUUGUCUGUUGGGGUUAUGGGGUCAGUAGGUCAAAGGUCAUGGUUAUUGUGACCUUUGAUGGAAAAAAGAUGGCUGCUCCAAACAGGCAAACAUGUCUGAUUUGUGGAAUUCUAGUUCAAACAAAUUCUAUUAUUGUGGGUCUUAAAAAAACAACUUACAUGAAGCAGGUUUACACCCGUCCAUAAUGACAUUAGUAUUAAUAUAUUGUGGUAUAUGUCUAUCAAGUACAUAACUACUGUAAUUAAAUUAUUAGCAUAGUUCUAUUCGGUGACUAACUGCAAAAAAACAGAAGCCCGUUGCUAUUGGUGUGUUGCUAUCGGCUUGUGGUGCUUUAUUUGUCAUUAAGCCUUAAAUUCUAAACAGUUUAUUCUAUAUUUCUAACUGAAGAAAAAGGACGUACAUACACAGUUUUGAAACUUGUAAAAUAAAUCAUAAACAAAAUGAUUCUGGUGCCAUAGCAUGAAUUGCAUUUUAAAUGUACUAAGGAUGUUUUACAGGUUUGUUAACUGUCAAUAAUUGUAGUUUUUAUCAGUUUAAUACACAAAUACUGAAGAUAUAUUUGCUCCAGUUAAGCACUGUUAACCAACCUUAUCAUUUCUGUCUUCGAACAUUUCAUAUGCUUCCAAUUACAAUACUUUUGUACUUGAUCAUAACCAAUAAAUUAUUAAUACCAAAAACACCUUCUUUAGUUUAUUUCACAUUGAUUUCAAGUAUAUUUUAUAAUUUACUACUGUUGUAUGUUAUGAACCAAAUCACUACCAUUUAUCUUAUGUUUUACAUGUAUUCUUUUUAUUAUUGAAUACUCACAUCGUUCAAAGACUUGCCUACAAUGUUUAGAGCAGUAUUGUCCUGUAUACAUGUACAUCUGUUGUUAAAUAUUUACUUUAUCUUCAUGUUUCCUGUUUGUUGACGUGAUGUAUCAGAAAGUGGUCAUCUUAAUUUAUAUCUUGGAAACGUGAUUUGUUAGAUGCAUGAUUGUUUAAAUGUAUUAAAAAUAAAGUGAAAUACUUAAA